AUUUGCUAAAGUAAAGUUCGCGUUCAAAAACAAGCGAAGAAAAAUUAAGACCCAAAUAAAAUAAACAUUUUAUUUCGUAUAUUUUACUUUAUAACACAAAAACCUAAUCCAAUUUGGCUUCUCCUUAUUUGUCCUAUUUAGAUUUCUGCAUUCAAACAAGGAAUGCUCGUUUUUCCUAAGACUAAUUAUCGGUUAAAUUAUUAGAUAAGGAUUGUGUUUAUAUUAUAUUUUUGCUUUUAUUUCUGGGACUUCUUUGCCAAGACGUGUGUUAUUCACAAAACAAAAAGAAACCAACGCAAUAAACAAAAAUAGUGAAGUUUCUAUGCCUUACCAAGAAUUUGUUCUUGAAAAUAAAAAAAAGUGAACAAAAAUGAAACAAAAUUCAUAAAAAUUCUAUUAGGAUUGGAAGCAACAAAAAAAAAAAAGACAAAAAAAAACAAACAAGAAGCACCUCUUGGUUACUCAAUGGUUGCUGCGAAAUAAUAAUCCAAUCCACCACCGGCAACAGUUAAAACCAUAUUUUAUCAAUUUUGGUUGUUUAAUUCGCUCUUCACUAUCCCUGGCCCUGGCCCCCGCACAAAAAUAAUAAAUACUUAAUGCAGGCUAUUUGGACCAUGCCGCUGUGAUUUCGUGGGAUAUAAGAUUGAGGUGGUUAUUUAAAGCAGACGCAGCUUUAAGUAUUCAAAAUGGCAUUCAGUUAUGGGUGUCUUAUCCUGCAGCGUGGUGUAUUACCACUUGUUUUGGUAUUGGCCGCAUUGUUUCGCCCAGUUGGAAUAUCCUUUGUGUACCUGUUAAUGUUUUUUAUAUCACCAUUUAUUCCGGUCGCAACAGCACAAAAUUUUAAAGGAUCCGUCACAGCAUAUUUAAUCAUUUUAAUAGCAUUAAGUACAAUACUACUACUUUGUCAUGUAGCUUUGCAAGUUGCGAUCAUUGGAUUUGACAUUCAAAAUGUUUUCGGUCAAUGCACCUUCCCAGAACAACUUCUGCGACACAUUGGUUUUGUUGACCUAAAAUUAGAACCAUUAGCGACCAUAGAAUGGCUUUUACCUGAAGUAGCUGUCUUUAUAACAUCAAUUGUUAUUUAUUUAGUCACAAAAAGAAUAUCAUUUGAAAGCAGUGCUGGCCAAGCAGAAAAUGGAGAAGGCAUGGCUAUAGAAGAUGCAUCAACAAGUCUAGAAGGCUCAUUAACACAACGAGCGAAAAAAAUCAAUCGUCGUAUUAUAAAAAUAAACUUCGAACCGCUCGUAGAAAUGGCACCAAUGUUCUGUUUAGCAACAAUAUUCUUUGCUGCAGUCCUUCGACCAUCAGUCCCAGGUGGAUUUUACUUUUUAUUUUUCUUGAUGUCAGGUUCAUAUUGGGCAACAUUUAAGUCAUUACAAAGGGGUUUUGCGAUAUUAAUACGCUUUGUUAUGGUAGUUCUAGUGUUACACACAAUAGCAGUUGUUUCAUAUCAAACGCCUUGGAUGCAAGGACACAUUGACAAUAGCACACUAGUUGCAAGACUAGUUGGACUGGAACCUCUUAUUACGUCGAGUUGCAGCAAAGAUAUUCGACUUAUAUUUUACGAUACAUGGUUUAAGUUGGACUCUUUUAUAAGUCCAUUUUCAAUGCUUUUCUCUUACUAUGUAUUGGCGCUAACUUCAAAAAAUCUCAUCGAAAGGAGGAGUGUAACUAAACCGUUAAGUGCUUUUGGAACACUCGAGAACGGUACCAUGAAUAAUCGACAACUGUCAAUAAACACACGCACAACCAAUGCCAGUAAAAAGGAUAGUUGGUCUAAAUCGCAGCGUUUAAAUAUGUCAAGUCAACAAAAUGAAAGAUCAGCCGAACCCACCGAAACUACACCUUUGGUGCGCCACAAGAAAAUCGUACGCGGUAUCGAAUCCAGUGUUGAGGCUCGAAAAGUGGAAAACGACAUACCAAUGGAUUCAUUGGACCGAGGAGUUGAAGGGGAGAACAGUCCAUCAUUGUUUGAUCAAAUAUGUUAUGGAAUCGUCAGUGUUGGAGGAUUUAUUUAUCAAAAUAGCUAUAUUUUCACAAAUAUUCUGAUGAUGGCUUGGAGUAUAGUAUAUCAUAGUUGGUUAACAUUUGUGUUUCUGCUUUGGGCGAAUGUUUUAUGGAUGAUUCCAAAUCAACGAAAAGCAAUGAUGCGCUCGAGUCCGUUUAUAGUUUUUUAUGCAGAAGUGUUGUUAAUUGCACAAUACAUUUAUGGAAUGAAUUUAACCAACGAUGAAUUGCCUUCAAGUGUAAAUACCACUGGAAUUAAUUUGCAACAAAUCGGUUUAGAACGCCCCUCUGAGAACCAAGUACAACCAUGUAUUCCUUUAAUAGUAAAGACUUCUUUUCUGCUCAUGUUUUGGGUAACACUGAGACAAUUUUUCAAAGAAAAGAAUGAAAGAAAAACUCAUAAUACUAUAGCUGAUAUGGUAGCGCCAUUACAAGUUAGCGUUAGUGCUGCAACCGCCGCUGAUGGAGGUUCAAUGCAGGAUAAUAAAAAAACUUCAAAAUUCCUUAAAAAAGCUGGCGAUAUUAUCAAGAACCUGUUAGUUAGACUAUGGAUUUGGCUGUUAAUUCUUGUGAUAUUUUUAUGUGCAAUUACUGGUGUCAAAAUGACUGGAUUCCGUAUUUGCUAUAUGGCAAUGUUUUUGUUUUUCUUAUUAGUUUUUCAGUCAUCCUCAAAAGCAUGGGUCAAGGUCAUGUAUGGAUUUUGGCUUUUCCUUAUAUUUUAUGCGAUGUCCAUUCUUACCCUAAUUUAUACUUAUCAGUUUGAUAAAUUCGAUGAAUAUUGGAAUGACUAUUUAAACAUAUCAAAAACAUUACAAGAAGACAUUGGGUUAAAAAAAUACGAAACAAAAGAUUUGUUCCUGCAUCUUGUUUCGCCGACAAUUAUUGUUAUCCUUACUGUGAUUCAGGUACAUUAUUUCCAUAAGCGAUUCAUUGCGGCCUUACAACAUCAGUCACUUGAAGUUUCACAAGAGAGAAUAAGAUCAACUUCUAAUAAUCAAGAAAUGAGUGAACCAAUAGAAGCAAAUGGUGCUGAUAAAGCAAAAGACUCAACUGGAAUUUCAAUGCAAAAAAAUCGAAUCCAAGCAUCGAUAAAAGUUUUAAUACUCCGAUUUUUGUCUGAGUUCAAAAGUAGAACGAGAAACAUUGCUAAAAACUUCAAAGGAGUUUGUUGGAGAUUUUUGGAGCUACAUUUAAUUAAGGCAGUUUAUAUUAGUGCUUUUGUUUGUUGUGUCAGUGAGGUAUGUGUGCUUCAUAUUGCUUUCUGUGCACUCUGCAUUAUCGGCCUUAUCUCCAAAAGCAAAGUUCAAAUUUUCAUCAGCCGCAUAAUAUCACUAGUUGUUUCAAUUAUUAUUCUUACGAAAAUGAUAUAUCAAGUGCAAUAUAUCUCUCAUGAAAAGUAUAACGUCACUUGUAAUUUAAACGAAACUACUCCACAAAAUAACGCCCAAUGGUUUGGAUUACAAAAAGCCAACUUCAACGGUGGUCUUAUGUACCUUAUCAAAAAAUACAUUAUUUUCAUGGUAAUGGUAACGUUGCAUGCAGUAGUUACUCUUCGCCAAAGCCAAAUGCGAACUCUUCAGGGUGAAACCGAUCAACAACCACCAAAGGUUCUCUUCCCAGGAAUAAAUCGUUCUGAUGCUGAAAAAAAUCUCAAAGGAAUGAUUAAAUAUUUAUUUAACUAUGGUUUCUAUAAGUUUGGCUUGGAAUGCACAUUAAUAACAUUGGUUUCGUUGAUAACAUAUCGGCAAGAUGUUGUUGCUGUAUUCUAUGUUGUCUGGUUGUGCGCCUUCCUGUGGUUCGAGAGAUCUUCUUGUGCAAAAGUAUGGAGUGUCUUCCAAUGUUUCACUGCCACAAUUAUAUUUAUAGAGUAUUUAUUACUUGUUGGACUGCCACCAGGACUCUGCUCUGAAUAUCCUUGGACGCAAUCACCUCAUUCAGAUGCAUUGCAAAAAUGGGCGAUGCUGCCGGGAAAUCUCAACUACAACCACAUUAAUAAACUAAUUUUCGAUUUUAUUAUGCUACUUUUCAUCAAUCGGCAGAAGAGAGUUUUUGCUACGGAGAAAAAAUACGACAAUGACAAUACUUAUCCUGGUGGCACAAACAAAUCAGUUAUUAGUGACAUUGAAAAUAUGGGUCAUGUGGAGUUUGAAAAUCCUACUAGAGAUUUCCUAUCGACAAUACGAAACUAUUUAGAUAUUAUUAAAAAUGCCAUAUUAUGUGGUUUCUAUUGGAUAACCCUUGCAGUUGUGUUUCUAGCUGGAACAAAUAUAUCAGAUCUUCUAGCCAUUGGAUAUCUGAUUGGGUCAUUUAUAUUCCUCUGGCAAGGAUCAGAUUUUUAUCUUCGUCCUAUUAGAAUUAUUUUAAAAAGAUGGAAUAUACUUUUAGUGUAUAAUGUUAUAAAUAUAACCGUAAAAACGUUUUUGCAAAUUAAAGACUGCCUCUUUCCCACCAUCUUUCAAACUGAUGGAUGUUGGUUUAUUCAUAUGUUGGGAAUUGACUGUGCGGAAGGUGGUAUUGAAAAGACAAUAACAAUAACAGAAACAGAAGACUCCAGCAGCAUGUGUCCUUCAUUAAAGAGUCAUUCUUAUCUAGUUUGGGAUGCGGUCUGUUUUGCCUUUCUUAUUUUACAGCUAAGAAUAUUCAAGAGCCAUUACUUCUGUCAUAUAAUCAAUGACACAAAAGCCAAUACUAUUUUGGCUGACAGAGGUGCGGUGAUUAUCGAAGAUCUUCGGCAGAAGCAAAUUGAACAUAGGAAACAACACGAACAAGAAGUUUUGCGAAAGAUAAAACGAAAAAUGGAAAAAAUUCGAGCCACCCAACAAAAAAUGUUGCGUCCCAUUGAUAAACCUACUCAUUUCGAUGAAGAACAUGGUUUUCCUCUUCCUGGCCCAAGAGUUCAAAAACGGAAAGAGUUAAAAUAUCAUCCACAGGCUAUUCGAGCUGGUGAUUAUUAUAUGUUCGAUGACAUGGAUGAGAAGUUUGAACUGGACUUAAUCGAAGAUGAAGUAGAUUUCCUUGAGGAUCAAGGCAAAAUUGAUGAAAGUGAGAAGAAAAUGACGAGACGAAAAAAUCUAUUUGAAGUUUGUAAAGAAAUUACCAACAAUGGAAAAAAACCAUUUACACGACAACGCUCUUAUGCCUCAGCACCGGGUUCAAGGAUCGGCAUAAAAGGCAUGGAGCCAGAUAUACCACGAUCAUCUGUGAUAUCCGAUCCCCUAGUAUAUCCUGACAGCUGUGAUGGAGAUGACAACGAAAGGACAGAGAAACCUAAAUCGGAAAAACCAAAAGCAGAUCAACCAUCAACCAGUAAAGAUGCUUCUGUAGAAGAACAAACAGAACCUAAAAAGGGUACUGAAUCGGACAGCCCAGAUGCAACUGAUAAAGAUUCUGAUGAAAUGGACCCACCAAACCCAAUCAUUCGUCUUCUCGAGGCGUUCAUGGUUUCAGUUGUGAUUCGUUUGAAUAGAUUCUCCAGAAAUUAUAGAUACGUAAUGAAAAUUUUAGCCGAAGAAAAGAAAAUGCUAAAGGAAUCUAAAGCAUUUGAUCGGUAUGGAAGUGCAGGUACUGUGAAUGUAAAUGAUGUAUCGACGCCGCUCGCCAACUUAAAGAAACAGUUGUUAAGGUAUUUUUCGCUCGCAAACUUAAAGAAACUCGUUUUAAGAAAUGAUGAUACAAUUGCACUAAAAACUCAAUCAAAUACAGAAAUACAUGAUACCAACACCACAACAAGCACAGCUGCAUUACAUCAACCACUCAUUGAAAUCAAUGACAUUGAAUUAGAUACCAUUGAUGCUCACCCUAGAAAAGAGUCUGGAAGCCAAGGAUCUCUAUCAAGGCCUCUUGUGCGAAGAUCAAGUGGAGUGCCUGGUAUAAGAGUGAUGCCUCCCUCAGUAGAGAUGGGACUGGAUGAGACAGGCACUCUAAGCGACGAAUGGUCAUAUGAAAAAGUAGACAGAGCUGGCGAAUUCACAUAUGAAGAGGAUUUCGCCACCAGAGACCACCACAUCAUUAUUGAAGCUCUUAUAUCGGCUUGGUAUGCAAUUCUUUCGAAUACCGAUUUAAUUUGCUAUAUUGUUGUUUUCAUAAAUCAGGUCAUCAACGCUAGCAUAAUAUCACUUCCUUUGCCAUUGAUGGUUUUCCUCUGGGGUACACUCUCACUACCCCGGCCGACAAAAACGUUUUGGAUUACAUUGAUUGCCUAUACGCAAUUAUUGGUUCUGAUUAAAUGUAUGUGUCAAUUGCUUUUGUCAAAUAACAUAUCUAGUCCAUUGCCAAACCAACCAUUGGCAGCAGUUAACAUAAUUGGAAUCUCAUCAAAUCAACACUAUGCAAAUUAUGAUUUACUUCUUCUGUUGGUGCUAUUUUUCCACAGAUUCGUGUUGAAGUCUCAAGGAUUAUGGAAAUCUGAAUACAAAGGAGAAGUAAUGCAAGAACAUGCUUUAAUUUUAAAGGAAGAUGCUCAGAGUAAAAACGCUUUAGCUGAUGCAAAUGAGGAACAACCUUCGGCCGCCACGCAAACACAAGUUGCUGAAGUUGCAUACGAACAUAACACUCAAGAAUCGAACUCUCUUCAAAACUCAGCAGAGUACAUUGCUGGAAUUUCUAAACUGACGAAACACAAAUAUUUGUCAUCAUAUAGGAAAUUCUUUAUUAAUUUAAUUAAAAAAACUCGUCUGCCUGCUGAUGUUUAUGCGCUUAUGUUUUUAUGUGACUUUAUUAACUUUUUCGUUCUGCUGUUUGGAUUUACAGCGUUUGGGUCUCAACAAGGCGAAGGUGGUGUGCAAACUUAUUUAGUGGAAAACAAAGUGCCUAUACCAUUCCUAAUUAUGUUGCUCGUUCAAUUUAUUUUAAUUGUCAUCGACCGAGCACUUUAUUUACGAAAAGCUUUAGUUCAUAAAAUAGUUUUUCAUUUCUUUUCCGUUAUUGGCAUACACAUAUGGAUGUUUUUCGUAAUUCCAGCAGUUACUGAACGCCAAUUUUACUCUUUAGCGCCUCCAAUAAUAUUCUAUAUUAUCAAAUGUUUCUACCUAUUACUAUCAUCAUUCCAAAUAAAAUGUGGAUAUCCAAAGCGAAUUUUAGGCAAUUUCCUUACCAAAGGAUUUACUUUGGUGAAUAUGAUUUCGUUCAAAUUUUAUAUGCAAGUUCCAUUUUUGUUUGAGCUAAGAACGAUUCUGGACUGGGUUUGCACGGAUACAACAAUGACUCUCUUCGACUGGCUUAAAAUGGAGGACAUUUUUUCAGAAAUCUAUUUUAUUAAAUGCGGCAGACAAAUGGAGACAGAUUUCCCAGCAAUGCGAGCACAGAAAAAGGCUAUGAUUUCGAAGAUAACUUUAGGUGGAACAAUAAUUUUGCUUAUUGUAGUUUCCAUUUGGGGUCCUCUUUGUUUGUUUGCACUGGGUAAUGCUGUAGGUCAAUCAAAUGUACCCUAUGAAGUAUCGGCUUUUAUUCGUAUCGGACCCUAUGACCCAAUCUACGAAACGAGCAAUAGGGAGAGUAUAUAUCCUUUCAAUAGUUCAAUGUUCAUGAAUUUAACAAACGCCUAUAAAACAAGCAAACCUGCAUUAACGUUUUUGAGUAAUUACGAUGAAGGUGAUAUUGCAGCGAUAAUACUAAAAUCGAAUUCUCCAUCGCUGUGGGCAAUAGCCCCUCCAGACAAAGAUCGAUUAUUAGACGAUUUAAUUAAAAAUAAAUCUCUAACGUGCCGUUUCACAUACUCAUUUACCCGUACACCCCCUAAUAAGGGGGCUAUAGGAACGGUUUCUGAUGAAAUAACCUAUGAAUUAGAUACUAAUUUCUCUGGACGUGAUGCUAUGAUAGCAAUGCUUCAGGGCACCUCCACACAAAGCAGUACGGUCAUUUUACCGAACAUACUACCCAAGUUUAUAAAGGUGCAUAAUUCGGGAGACCUUAAUGUCGUCAAUCAACUUAUGACAGGUGAUAAAGUUACUUCAGCAUACCGUUCGUUAGAAAUAAAAUUACACACCAACAAUGACUCUUCGAAAGGAGUAUGGUGGGAGAUACAAGAAUCAUGCGAUGACAGCUUCUACAUGAAUACCUUAAGGCUGCUGCCAUAUUCGAAUUGUGACUCUGGUGUUGUUAUGUAUACAUUCAACGAUAAAAAGUUUCCAUCAACCUUCAGUUUUCUGACAGCCGGAGGAAUCAUUGGACUCUACACUACUUUUGUAUUAUUGGCGUCAAGAGUACUCAAAUCAUCUAUCGCCGGACAAAGUAGAAGAAUAAUGUACGAAGAUCUUCCAUACGUUGACAGAGUUCUCCAAUUGUGCCUUGAUAUUUAUUUGGUAAGAGAAGCCUUGGAGCUUGCUCUCGAAGAAGAUUUAUUCGCCAAACUACUAUUCCUUUAUCGUUCACCGGAAACAAUGAUUAAAUGGACGCGGCCUAAAGAAGAUACCAACGACGAUGAAACAGAUACCGAAAGUGUCCGAAGUAGAAAUAGUCAUCGACGAAUGGACUAAAUCGAAAAUAACUCCGAAAAAAAGUUAUUCUUCAAGUAACAAGAAAAUGGUAGCUAUAAAAUAAAAUUCGAUACCAAAACUCAAGUUCAGGGAUUCUUAGCAUUUUUAGUUAUUUUUUUUUUUAAAUUAAAUGUUGCGCUCUAUUAUAAAGUUUAUAUUUUUUUAAUAUACUUAGCAGAUAAUUUAAUUUUGUGACUCUCAAGCUAAAGUCAGUUAUGUGUACCUUUGAAAACAUAAAUAUAUUUAUGUAUGUAUUUACAUUUUAAUAAUUGUGUAUAUUUAUUAAAAACAUACUUACCGAAAACUGUUUAAUACUAAGAGUUUCUUUAAUUUAUUUAAACAAAAUAAUAAUAAUAUAUAAUAACAUCACAACUGGUUGUAUAGAUCUUAUAUUAAGUAUGCGUAUAUACUGAGUGCUACAUCAUUUAAGUUAAUUAAGUCUCAAAAAUAUUAUAUCAAUAUUAAUCUCUCAAAAGGUUCUUGUAGAUUUUAAAAAUCUGCCUUCAUUUAUUUAGGCAUUUCUUUUUUACCCGAGAAUGUCCUUAAAAGUGAAAAACAAUUAAAUAAAAUCAGGUAUAUUUUAUUAUGUGCAAUAUCCCGCUUUUACCGUCCGGUAUUUUUUUAUCAGACAUAUUUAUGUAAUGAUUAUAUUUAUAGUUCUUGGAUUCUAUUCUUGUAUUUAUUUGCAUUAAAAAAAAAUAAAUUAAAAUAUAUUUUGCCAGUGUAAAGGAAUACAUCAUAACAAUUGCUUCUUAAAAAAAAUAUAAGUUAUAAGUUUGGAAUAAUAAAAUAUCUUCUUUCGUUGCUUCUUUGGUUACGAAACAUCAUCAUUUUUUAAAACUAAUAAUUGCUGUAGAUUAAUAUUUGAAGAACGAAAUAUACAGAUAUGGACAUUAAAAUAGAAACACCAAACAAAGUUUUAAAAAUUGUAUUUUUUAUUAACUUAAAAAGGUUUUUUUU